AUGACUUACCAACUUCAACAACAUCACCAUUGGGGUGGUAAACACCCCUUAGGUCUAGAAGGAAGUAAGAUGAACGCUAUUGUACUACUAAUAAUUGCUGUUACUGGAGUAUGUUCAUUAGAAACUGGAAAAUUAUGGAAGCAGUACAAGGUAAAUUUCCAAAAAAAAUAUUCAAAUGAACAAGAAGAAAAUAAACGAUUUACAAUUUUCCAAGAAAAAAUUUGUGAAAUCCAAGAACACAAUGAUAGAUACAAUAAGGAAGAGGUUUCUUGUUAUAUGGGAAUAAACCAAUUUUCAGAUCUUACUCACGAAUAAUUCGUAAAACUGUUAAAUUUAAGAAGAAACAUUUCAUUGGAUUUACCAAAGACAAC